AUGCGUUGCUCAGAUGACUCAGGGCAAAGAGGGACCAGAAUCAACGAUCUUCCGGAAGACAUCUUGUGCUCUAUAGUGUCACAAUUACCCCUUCAAGAUCGAGUAACAACUAGCUUGGUCUGUCGAGCAUGGAGGCGCCUGUGGCUCUCAUCAUCCAACUGGAGAUUGGAGCUUCAAGACUUCCGCGGUGUGAGUAACAAGAAACAGAAGUUCGAGGAGCUCGUCGACAGGGUCAUCUUCUUUCCAGACCGACCACACAUACAUCACCUGAAACUAGUACACACAGAUUACAAUAGAUCAAGUCAGAAAGCAAGUUUAUGGAUCGAGAGCUUAUUGAACCAGCAAAUCCUGCAUCUGGAUCUCAAUAUAAUGGACCCUAUACCGCUGCCCUUGUCACUCUUUCGGUGUGAUACGUUGGUGGAGUUAAGACUCUGCCUGCACUGUGACAUCAUCAGCCUGCCACCUAACGCUGUCUUAUUGCCUCGACUCAAGGUCUUGUCCCUUCAGAAAGCACGCUUCAUCGGUGACUCGUUAGAGAGUUUGAUUAACGGGUGCACCAUCUUAGUCACUCUCAAACUCAGGGAGUGCGUUGUCGUCGGUCCCGAAUUCUUGGAUAUCACCAUUCCUCAAACCACGCUCCAAGAAGUGAUCCUUGACAAGUGCCACUUCCUACUUGAUACUAAGCUGCACAUGUCAACUGUGAACCUUACGACCUUCCGUUACAAGGGGUUGAAUUUGGGUGAUAGCAUGCAUUAUCUGAGUGUGCAAACAUCAGUCGAAAUGGUGCAAUUGGAGCCUGUGGAGUUUCACAAUGUCUACUCGUACUCACGAAGGCUAGGGUUUUCAGGGACCUAUGGGCAGAACAUGUCGAGGACCUUGGCUUCAUUCUGCAACACAAAAUACAUGAUCCUUAGUGACUGGUGCAUCGAGUACCUGACGAACGUUCCAAAUGCCAUGAGGUUUCCCCAAUUUAUGCGCUUGGAGUCCCUGCGCCUGAGCAUGUGGCCAAACGGCGGCCAUGUCUACGUGACCACUUAUUUGGUACUAUUCUCACCGUUAUUACGGUUUCUGUCACUCCGCAUAUCUAAGGCACACAGGGAAGGGAUGGCUGAUGAUGAUAGGUUGGAUUAUCCACACCCCCCGGACUUGCUGUCAACAGAAAUGAUCCAUAAUAAUCUGAAGAAAGUUGAAAUAAAGAAGUAUGGAGUUUUGAAUGCGGAGCUCGACCUCAUAAAGUUCUUGCUUAGGAAUGCGGUGAGUCUAGAAAAACUCAGCAUAAAAUGGUGUGCUCGCAUAGGUGCUUCGCGCAGAAAAUCUCUGAGAAACACAAUAAGGUCGUACCCACUAGCCAGCCAGAAUCUCGAGCUGUACAUAUACUGA